UUUCUUUUGCAUGUACUAUUGUCUUGUGUGCUCACCCUCUUGGAAACUUGUAAACACAAAGUCUAUUUUCACGGGUCUAUUUGACACUUUCCAUCAAUUAUUUGACAGGGUUGUCUCCAAUGUCUACCAGACAGAAAUCACAAACAUUUUCAUGGGGGCAUUUCUUUCCUUCAUUGAUUGGGGAGCCACUCUGCUAAGGAGUUUAUGUCAUUCACACACUUGCUCUUCUAAUCCAAAACCCUUUCAAUAGAAGAUUUUGCAUUUCUCUCCAAUUCUGAACUAUGGGUGCCUUUCCUAGCAAGAAAAAGAGCAGGCCCUGUCAUGAGAGGAGAAAUGUGAAGAGUUUGACAGACAAAAUGAGGCUUCUCCAAGAGGAAAUCCAGGAAAUGGUGUACGAAAGAGAGAAAGAGGCUAGAGGGUAUGAGAAAGAGGUGAUGGUUUUUGAAUGUAAAGAGGCUGAGUGGAAGAAAGAGAGGAAGAGGCUAAAGGAGGAAGUGAAGAAGCUGAGGAAGUUAGUCGAAGAGAAGGAGGUGAAGAUAAGAGGGAUGGAAGAUUAUGCAAUGGUGGCUGAGAAAUGUGGCAAAGGAUGGCCAUUGCUGGGGACGAGUUUCCUGCUGGAGCAAAUGAGGGAGGAGAGAGCAAGGCGAGAUGAGGCUGUGGAGAAGUGGAAGCAACUCUAUCUUGCCAUCAAGACCGAGCUUGAUGAUCUCAUUCAGAGAACUCAUGAUGGAGAUGCGCUGUAUUGGAAAGCUGAGGAAGAGGACAUGAUAGAAGAGCUGAAGAAGGAAGCGAAGAACAAGGAAGAAACGAUAGAAGCUUUGAGAACUCGAUUAGCUGCGAUGGAGAGGGAAGAUUAUGAGAGGGGACGAGAGAUGGAUAUUCUUAGGCAAAGCUUGAGAAUUUUGGGCACUAACAAGAAGGCAGCCUAUAGUACUAGUAGUAAAAGUACCACUCUGGCUCAGUAUUUGUGAAAUUAGCCCUCUAGACAAGUUUAGUACUGGUAUUUUUAUUUUUAUAUAUAAUGUGUACACACAAUAAGUUAUUCGAUGGAUAAUAAUAAUUCUAAUGCUGGAAGUGAA